AUGACACCCCGGGGUCACAGCAGCCCUCCGCAUCCGUCAGCCCCAACUGGUGGAUUGGACGUCAAUUCGCUGGUGGUGACCCCUCCAGAGACACAGACCCCUCGUCCUGGGCUGCGUGGGCUCCUCCUUCCUGUGUUUGCUAAGGCGAGGCAGUAUCCCAAGCUCCCACCCGCCUUCCUGUCAUCCCUGCUGCUGUUUGAGCUCCACGCGGUCACCCCCGCCCAGGCCCUGGGAACCUGCCCCGAGAGCGUCAGGGUCCCCAAUGCCACCUGCCACUCGGACGACGACUGCGUGGCCGGCGAGCUGGACAUGCUGGGGAACGGGCUGCGGACCGGGCGCUGCGUGCCCUACUACCAGGGGUCCUCCAAGACCUGCGAGGUGUCCGGCUGGUGCCCUGUGGAGGACGGGGCCUCUGUCAGCCAGUUCCUGGGCGAGAUGGCCCCCAACUUCACCAUCCUCAUCAAGAACAGUAUCCACUACCCCAAAUUCCACUUCUCCAAGGGCAACAUCGCCCCCCGGAGCGACGAGUACCUGAAGCACUGCCAGUUCCACGAGGCCUCUGACCCGUACUGCCCUAUCUUCAGGCUGGGCUUUGUGGUGGAGCGCGCUGGCGAGAACUUCACGGAGCUGGCCUACAAGGGUGGCGUCAUAGGGGUCAUCAUCAACUGGGACUGCGACCUGGACCUGUCAGCGUCUGAGUGCAACCCCAGGUACUCCUUCCGAAGGCUGGACCCCAAGCACAUCCCUGCCUCGUCAGGCUACAACUUCAGGUUUGCCAAGUACUAUGAGAUAAACGGCACCAGCACGCGAACACUCUUCAAAGCCUACGGCAUCCGCAUUGACGUCAUUGUGCACGGACAGGCCGGGAAGUUCAGCCUGAUCCCCACCAUCAUUAAUCUGGCCACAGCUCUGACCUCCAUCGGGGUGGGCUCCUUCCUGUGCGACUGGAUCUUGCUAACGUUCAUGAACAAAAACAAGGUCUACAGCCACAGGAAGUUUGACAAGGUGUGUACACCAAGGCACCCCACAGCUAGCUGGCCUGUGACCCUUGCCCUGGUUUUGGGCCAGGCCCCUCCCCCACAUGGCCACCGCUCUGAGGGCCAGCUGCCCAGCCCUCCCACAGGCCCAGAGGGCCAAGGGGCAGAGCCAGGCCUGGCUGUCCAGGCCCCGCGGCCUCGCCCCAUCUCUGCCCCAUCUGAGCAGAUGGUGGAUGCUCCCAAGCGGAAUGUGGGACAGAGGCCUCCCAUCUCCGAGCCUCCCCAGGACUCCACACCCACGGACCCCCAAGGUUUGGCUCGACUCUGA